UCGCAUGGGGAAACUUACCGAUGAACGCAAGCGGGAGCUGUGGGGGCAGUUUCUCAAUGUGAAUGACAAGGUCUUCAAGGAUCGAAAGAAGCUUGGUCUCAAAUUUGAUGGGUCAAUCAGCACAAACGGGUAUUCCGCUACCAUCCACUUCAAGAAGCCAGGGCUCAAGUAUGGGCAUCGGGCCCGGAAGCGCAGCAAGGCCCAAAUGCGGGAAGAAGUCAAGCAGCUGUAUUUUGAGCACCACAUCGCCGAACUACGGGAGGCUCCAAACAUCGUCAGCAUUGAUCCGGGCAAGCGUGACCUCUUGUUCUGUCGAGACAUCAAGAAGGAGCGGCCAUUUCGAUACACAUCCAAUCAACGGGCGGUCGAGACAAAGUCUCGGUACUUCCAAAGAGACAUGAGAGAGCGAAAGAUCAAUGCCGGCAUCGCUGAGAUGGAAUCACAUAUUCCAUCGCACAAGAGCAUGAACAUCGAGGCGUUCUCAGCGUUCAUUGUGGAUCACAUACAUGCAGAUCCCGCCCUGGAUGAGUUUUACCGGGAUGAGAUUCACGUCGCUUGCAGAUUUAAGGCAUUCUCACUGCGGCAAAAGUCUGAGACCAAGCUCAUCAAGAACAUGCGACGCCUGUAUGGAAAGCAUUUUGCGGUCAUCUUGGGUGAUUGGAGCGACGCUGGAAAAACCAUGCGCUUUCAGGAGUCAUCAAAGACCAAGGGAUUCCGCACACUCUUUGCAAGAAACAGCAUCCCAUGCUACUUGCUAGAUGAGUAUCGAACGUCUUCCGUGUGCCCAGACUGCCACGGGCGUGUGAAGAAAAACAUCCGACGCCGGCUGUCACCUCGGCCGUGGCAAGCUCGAAAGGGAAGAAUGGAAUUCGUCCAUGGAUUGGUGGGUUGCCCCAACCCCGAAUGUAUCAACCAAGACUGGACGCCAUUUGAGAUUCCUGGAAGAAGACAACCACUACGACUACGGAUGAAAGUGCACAAUCGGGACGUCCUAAGCACCAAGAAUUUCCUCUCGAUUGUGCGUUCGGUGGUGUUUGGCAAUGGCCGCGAACCAGACGCAUUCUCCCGUAACCGUAGGUAGUCUAGAUUUCACCCCAUCCCAUUUUCCGUGGUGGUUAUCUGCCAUCCACAUCAUUGUACCUCUGCCUGAGGCGUCGCCGAUGAAGGCAACUUGUA